UUUUAUUGCUCUGCAAUACUCUCUAAUGCCUUCCAGCUGCAUUGAGGACAAUUUGUUCAUUUCUCUCAGCAAUCAAAAUGUGUUUUGACUAGUAAGUCCGUAUUUAGUUUUUCUGUAAACGUUUCUCUUAAUGGGAGUAUUUUCCAGAUGUUGUGUUAGUCUGGUCAUCCGGGCCCUCUUCCAAGCCCUGUGGAAAGUUUGCUGUCAUGAGCUGUCAUUGGUGAUGUGUUUAACAAGCUGCCUAAUUACCUGACCCCAGCACAGUUCUGAAGCAAUAUAUAAGGAUUCUGGAACAGCCCUGGAAGCAGGCACACUCUCUUCUAGGAAUGAUGUCGUACCUGAAAGUUAUGAUCAUAUGGAACAUACUUGGCUUAUCCCUGGUGGUCCUUUCACUGUCCUUGAUUCCAGAAGUGUCUUCUCAAGAUGUAUCGAGCUGUACAGGGAGAUGUGGGGCAGGGUACUCUAGAGAGCAUGACUGCCAGUGUGAUUUUAACUGUCAUCACUACAUGGAGUGCUGCCCUGACUUCAGGAAAGUCUGCACAGUGGCCGUCUCCUGCGAGGGACGCUGCUUUGAAUCCUUCGAGAGGGGAAGGGAGUGUGACUGCGAUGCCGACUGUGAGCGAUACGGCAAAUGCUGCCCAGACUACACCAAGCAUUGCAAAGAGGCACACACAGCAAAGCCAACCCCAGAGACUCCUCCAGAAAACAAAUCAACAUCUAAAAGGUCCUCCACAGAUGAGGAAGAGCUGCCAGAUGAAGCUGUGGAAGACUCUGAAGUCCAAGUGACCACUCCUGCUCCAACUACAGAACCUGCACAGACAACCCUUGGAGCCACAGAGGAACCACCUACCAAGGAAGACACUCCCACAACCCCAAAGGUAGAGGAUACAACCCCUCAGGCCACAGAGGAGCCAGCGACCGAAGACGACGCUCCCACCACAGAUGCAGCAGAAGAUGUGACCCCUGAUGCCACAGAGGAACCAGUGACUGAAGUGGAUCCCACCGACAUCCCCCCAACGCAAGACCCAACCCCUGAUGCCACUGAGGCACCAGCAACCGAGACGGAAUCACCCACCAGCCGCACAUCGGAGGAAACAACCCCAGAGGAGCCCACCACCAACACACCAGAAGAAACAACCCCAGAAGAGCCAACAACACCCACACCAGAAGAAACAACCCCAGAGGAGCCCACAACACCCACACCAGAAGAAACAACCCCAGAAGAGCCCACAACAGCCACACCUGAGGAGACAACCCCAGAGGAGCCAACAACCCCCACACCAGAAGAGACAACCCCAGAGGAGCCCACAACACCCACACCAGAAGAAACAACCCCAGAGGACCCGACAACACCCAAACCAGAGGAGACAACCCCAGAGGAGCCGACAACAGCCACACCUGAGGAGACAACCCCAGAGGAGCCGACAACUCCCAAACCAGAAGAGACGACCCCAGAAGACCCGACAACACCCACACCGGAAGAAACAACCGCAGAGGAGCCCACAACCCCCACACCAGAAGAGACAACCCCAGAAGAGCCGACAACACCCACACCUGAGGAGACAACCCCAGAGGAGCCGACAACACCCACACCUGAGGAGACAACCCCAGAGGAGCCGACAACACCCACACCUGAGGAGACAACCCCAGAGGAGCCGACAACUCCCAAACCAGAAGAGACAACCCCAGAAGAGCCGACAACUCCCAAACCUGAGGAGACAACCCCAGAGGAGCCGACAAGCCCCACACCUGAGGAGACAACCCCAGAGGAGCCCACAACUCCCAAACCAGAGGAGACAACCCCAGAGGAGCCCACAACGCCCAAACCAGAGGAGACAACCCCAGAGGAGCCGACAACCCCCACACCAGAAGAGACAACCCCAGAGGAGCCGACAACCCCCAAACCAGAGGAGACAACCCCAGAGGAGCCCACAACUCCCAAACCUGAGGAGACAACCCCAGAGGAGCCGACAAGCCCCACACCUGAGGAGACAACCCCAGAGGAGCCCACAACUCCCAAACCAGAGGAGACAACCCCAGAGGAGCCCACAACGCCCAAACCAGAGGAGACAACCCCAGAGGAGCCGACAACCCCCACACCAGAAGAGACAACCCCAGAGGAGCCGACAACCCCCAAACCAGAGGAGACAACCCCAGAGGAGCCCACAACUCCCAAACCAGAGGAGACAACCCCAGAGGAGCCAACAACCCCCACACCAGAAGAGACAACCCCAGAGGAGCCGACAACCCCCACACCUGAGGAGACAACCCCAGAGGAGCCCACAACUCCCAAACCAGAGGAGACAACCCCAGAGGAGCCCACAACUCCCAAACCAGAAGAGACAACCCCAGAGGAGCCGACAACCCCCAAACCAGAGGAGACAACCCCAGAGGAGCCGACAACCCCCACACCAGAAGAGACAACCCCAGAAGAGCCGACAACCCCCAAACCAGAGGAGACAACCCCAGAGGAGCCGACAACCCCCACACCAGAGGAGACAACCCCAGAGGAGCCGACAACCCCCACACCAGAAGAGACAACCCCAGAAGAGCCAACAACUCCCAAACCUGAGGAGACAACCCCAGAGGAGCCGACGACUCCCAAACCAGAGGGGACAACCCCAGAAGAGCCGACAACACCUAAACCAGAAGAGACAACCCCAGAAGAGCCGACGACUCCCACACCUGAGGAGACAACCCCAGAGGAGCCGACAACACCCAAACCAGAGGGGACAACCCCAGAGGAGCCAACAACACCCACACCUGAGGAGACAACCCCAGAGGAGCCGACAACUCCCAAACCAGAAGAGACAACCCCAGAGGAGCCGACAACCCCCACACCAGAAGAGACAACCCCAGAGGAGCCGACAACCCCCACACCAGAAGAGACAACCCCAGAGGAGCCGACAACCCCCACACCAGAAGAGACAACCCCAGAAGAGCCGACAACUCCCAAACCUGAGGAGACAACCCCAGAGGAGCCCACAACACCCACACCUGAGGAGACAACCCCAGAGGAGCCGAUGACUCCCAUACCAGAGGGGACAACCCCAGAAGAGCCCACAACACCCAAACCAGAAGAGACAACCCCAGAAGAGCUGACCACCCCCACACCUGAGGGGACAACCCCAGAGGAAACAAUGACCCCCACACCUAAGGAGACAACACCCAAACCUGAGGAGACAACCCCAGAGGAGCCGACAACUCCCAAACCAAAAGAGACAACCCCAGAGGAGCCGACAACACCCAAACCUGAGGAGACAACCCUGGAGGAGCUGACAACAGCCACACCUGAGGAGACAACCCCAGAGGAGCCGACAACUCCCAAACCAGAAGAGACAACCCCAGAGGAGCCGACAACACCCAAACCAGAGGGGAAAACCCCAGAGGAGCCCACAGCACCCACACCUGAGGAGACAACCCCAGAGGAGCCAACCACCCCCACACCAGAGGAGACAACCCCAGAGGAGCCCACAACACCCAAACCAGAAGAGACAACCCCAGAGGAGCCCACAACUCCCACACCUGAGGAGACAACCCCAGAAGAGCCAACAACACCCACGCCAGAAGAAACAUCCCCAGAAGAGCCAACAACACCCAAACCAGAAGAGAUAACCCUAGAGGAGCCCACAACACCCACACCGGAAGAGACAACCCCAGAAAAGCUAACAACUCCCAAACCAGAAGAGACAACCCCAGAGGAGCCAACAACUCCCAAACCAGAGGAGACAACCCCAGAGGAGCCGACAACACCCACACCUGAGGAGACAAUCCCAGAGGAGCCGACAACACCCAAACCAGAGGAGAAAACCCCAGAGGAGCCCACCACCCCCACACCUGAGGAGACAACCCCAGAGGAGCUGACAACUCCCAAACCAGAGGAGACAACCCCAGAGGAGCCAACAACACCCAAACCAGAGGUGACAACCCGAGACGAACCAGCGACCUUGGCUGACUCUCCUACCACCCCAAAACCUGAAGAGACAACCCCAGAAGAACCUACAACGAUGGCAGACUCUCCUACGACCCCUAAAGCCGAAGAUGCAGACUCUCCGACCAGCCCUGCAGCCCCUGAGGCCGAUAGCACUGCCAGUAAAGCCACAGCUGCUCCUGGCAAUGCUGCCGCCACAACAGCUGGUAACGACUCCCCCACAGCUGGGGUAGGCACAAUGCUUUCAGAUACCACAACUGAGAACAAGGAGACAACAACACCCAAGAAAGACAGAACUACUCUGCUUAAAGACAUUUUCACAGCUAUGAUGACAACAGCUAAACCAGGUGACUCUCCUAAAGGUAUGGAUGACAUUCCAAACACAACUCCUAUGGCCAAGCAACCUGCCACUGCAGCAGCUGAAUCAGAAACAACUUCUACAGACACCAAGACUUCAACAACAGCAGCCACAGCUCCCUUGCCCAAUCCCACUGUGCUGGUAACAACCAUCAAAGAAGAUUCAACUCCUCAACCCAGUGAGGCUGUAACACUAAAUGAAAAAGAGGCAACUACAGAAACUGAGCAGGCUGGGCCAGCAGCAGACAAAGAUAGCCCAGGUGCUGCUUGUGUUAUUGUGGAGAUGACAACAGCUGGUAAAAAAGAGGUAACAACCAUCAAAGAAAUGGGCACUACACCUGAAAAAGAAAUGGAAGAUGUCACUGAAAAGGCCCCUAGUAUUGACAAAGAAGAGGUAACUACAGUUACCAAAGAAACCACAACAAGGGAUAAAAAGGACACGAUAGAAGAAAUGUAUCUUUUGUCUAAUGGGACAUCCAAGCCAACAAUACAUUUCCAGGAGGUCACUGAGGCCAGAGAAGAGCCUCACCCAACCGAACCCGAAACUCUGCCAGAAAAAGAAGAGCCCGAGAUAAACAAGCCUUUAAUACAGGUUGGGGACCUGCCAAUGUUCCCUGGAGAAACACAAGAGAGGAAAGACGAGAAGGACCUGUGCAGCGGGAAGCCAGCGGACGGCAUGGUCGCUCUGCCCAAUGGCACCCUGGCCGUCUUCCGAGGUCACUAUUACUGGCUGCUGAACGGCCGGGCCCCGCCGACCACCAACCCCCGCCGGAUCAGCGACGGCUGGGGCAUCCCCUCACCCAUCGACUCCGUCUUCUCCAGGUGCAACUGCGAUGGGAAAACCUUCUUCAUCAAGGGUCCCCUGUACUGGCGCUUCACUAAUGGUGUUAUGGAUAAAGGCUAUCCCAAACCUCUCGCAACUGGAUUUGCAGGGUUAAGUGGGAGAAUAGUAGCAACCCUCCCUGUGGCAAGAUACAACAACAGACCAGAAUCUGUUUAUUUUAUCAAAAGAGAUGGGAACAUCCAGCAGUAUGUGUACAGACAAGAACCAGCCAAGAAGUGUCAAAGAAGGGCGCAGGUCACCAUCAGAUACCCAGCCUUUGUCCCCAGAGUUGUCAUCAGGCGGCGCUUCCAGCGCGCCGUGCGCAUGCCAACUGUCAUCCGCACUGUCAGGAUCCACCCCCACCCCUCUGGCAUUCUGCGCAAGGAAAUCCAAAUGACAACGUACUGGAGAGGGCUCCCCAAAGUUGUCCACUCAACUCUCUCUGUGCCCAACCAGAGCAAGCCCGAUGGUUACGAUUACUACGCCUUCUCUUACAAUCGGUACUACAGUUUGGAUAUUGGCAAAAGAAUGGCACGACCUGUUACUGCUCUCACAGGAAAGACUGUAUCCAAAGACUGGUACAACUGUCCCAGCAAGUGAUGCACAGCAGAGGAGUUUAAAAAAAGAUGCCAUUUGAAUGUCAACAUUUUUUCUAAUUUUAUUAAUAAAAGACAUUGAAAUGUGUGCACACAGCUCUAAGUAUGAAAUGCUGCUUCAAGCUCUGACUUCAUUACACUAAGCAACCACAGGCAAACUGGCACUUUGUAUACACAGCUGGAAGUACUUUACAAUUAAUUUAACUAAUGUUUCCUCUGUUCAGGCCUCCUCUGCCUCCCAUGGCAUGAGUUACACCUGUGCAGGGAAAGAAAACAAGUGCAUUAGUGUAAACAUAUGAUACUUCAUCCUUCCCUAAGGAAUUGUCAGGGCAGUGGAGUGGUUCCUUUCUGACACAGUUCAAGCUCCUCUCUCUCCCCUAAGCCUGGUGACACAUGUACAUGUCACCUGGGUCAUGCAAAAGGCUGGGGGUGACUUGUGAUCCUGAGCCAAACCAAUGAGCAGAGGAUUCCUACUACACCUGAAAUCAGUUAGUCCCUGCCUUUUUGUUAUUAAAAAAAAUGGUGACACAUGGAAGAAAAUCUAUCCUAGUCCCACCUCCUUAUUUUUUUCCCCUUAAAAUACCAGCUGACCUAUAUUUCAAUGCUAAUAUUGAGUCAUCUACAAUGUUAAAAUAAUGCAAAACAGAAUAAAAUCCAUCUAAGGCUUUUUCUUAAUACGGAAGUUGCAAACAACUAUUUCUUGUCAUGGUUUAACUCUAUUGCACUAAAAAAACUGUAAUACUUCCAAUAAAGCUUUUUUUCAAUGAGUA